UGAUCGCAUUUAGGACUAAACCGAAGACACUAACUCGAAACUAAUUUAUGUUAAAUUCCCCCUUUUCUAUACGAGACAGUUUCAUAGUUACCCAGAUAUACUGUUAACAAUCGCAAUGACAUCUUCCCACCCUUCUCCUUCUUAUAUCAUCGUCGGGGCCGGCGUCUUCGGCACCUCCACCGCACUACACCUAGCCACCAAAUUCCCGGACUCAUCCAUAACGCUCAUCGACCGCGACGCGCACACAGCGCAGCGCCGCGUCGCCGCAUCUUGGGACUGGAGUAAGGUCGUGCGUGCCGAUUACCGGGAUCCGGUGUACUGUCGGCUCGCGCUCGAAGCGCAGGACGUCUGGCGCGUGGACCCCCUGUGGCGCCCGUUCUACCGCGAGACGGGCAUCUACUGGAUUAGUCGCACGGGGUUCGCGCAUCAGGCUCUGGAUAACUAUACUCGGCUAGGACGGGCUACGGAUGGUAUGCGUAUUGUGCCGGUGGAGGAGGCGAAGGGAUUGUACGGGGGAAUUUUUGACGGGGCGGAUUAUACGGGUGUUGAGAAUGUGCUGGUCAAUGAGACGAGUGGGUGGGCGGAUGCUAAGGGGGCGCUGCAGGCUGUAGCGGAGAAAGCGGUUGAAAAGGGUGUUAGAUUCGUCGCGGCUGAGAUUGAGGAGUUGGUCUUUGGGGAGGAUGGAGAGUGUGUUGGGGUUUUGACUAAGGACGGAGAGAGAUAUACCGCUACGCAUACGAUAUUGUCGACUGGUGCUUUUACACCGAAGUUGCUGGACAGAGUGGCUGAGAAGACCGGGCGAGAUGAGUUCCUUGCUGGGGACAGGAUGAUCGCGGCGGGAGUAACGACUGGGCUGGCGCAGCUUGACGAUAGCACUGCGGAGGAGUUCUCGGGGAUGCCAGUUGGUAUUCAGGAGAAUGAUCCUGAGAGAGGUGCAAGUAAUGGCGCUUUACCACUGACCGAAGACAAGAAACUGAAGUGGUGGGGUCAGCGCAUAUUCAAGAACACACAGACGAUGCCCUCUGGCCGUCAGAUCUCCGCACCGCCAGCUUCCACGGACUACUCUCAGUGGACGGUUCCGGAUACUCUAGUGCAGGACGUCGAAUUUGCCAACAAAGCCACAUUCGGGAAGCGCGGAGAGGCGUGGAAGGUUUCGGAGCAUCGCAUAUGCUGGGAUGCGGUCACACCCAGCGAAGAUUUUAUCAUAUCGCCUCAUCCAGCUUCUAAGGGACUAUACGUCGCGACCUGUGGUUCGUUUCACGGGUGGAAGUUCUUCCCCAUCAUCGGCGAGUAUGUUACGAGGAUGUUAGACGGGGCCCUAGAAUCGGAGUUGCAACGGCGAUGGGCGUGGAAUCGUGAGCGUCCGGACCCAACAGGGAAUAAAGUCUGGCCUGUGAAAGAGUUGAGAGGCUUGUAGUAUUCAAGUAAUCAGGCUCGAGUGCGUAGAUAUCCUAGAUCUUAAUCUCGAUCAAGUCGCCACCAUUUUAGGAAUCGCAUCCAACGACUCGAUAUUACUAUAAUAAAUCACCUCGAAAACGCCAGCAUUGCGUAGUACCUACCAGAUGGAAAUCUAUCUAGCUCGGAUCUCUCAGCAUGAUGACGGUACACUUUACGUGGAGCGGAAGCAGACUGUCAGGAUUCUAGAUGAGACAUCUAGAACAAAGGAACUGUUCAGUAUGUAUAGACGAUAGAUCUUCAUAGGUAGUUUAGAGUUCCUUGCGGAACAACGAAGUUGUUUCCAUACUGUUUCGUUCCACCU